UCCAUUGAAGGUUUUUUUUUUAUUUUUAGGCUAGUUGAAUAGUUUUGAUUAAGGUUUUAUUAGUUUAUUACUCGAAACUAAAUCAAGGAUUUUCAGGAUACUUCCUUUGUGGAAUAAGAUAUUGGAUCCUCGAGUGAUCUCUUUUUCUUGUUGCUUCAUAAGAGUGAAUCGAAUAGAUUCAAUUCGCGUUAUAAGAGUAAAAAUUCCGCGGGUCCUUUCCGCUCUAAUCAGAUAAAGGGGGUAAGGACCCGCUAAGCUCCUACUUUUUCAUGUUUACAAUCUGGUCCCUCCGAUUACUAUAGAGAUGAACCCAAUCCAGAAUAUGAACCAUAAAAGAAAACACCUACUAAACCAAUCACAGGAAUACCAGCUACAGUACCUAUCAGCCAAAGAGGAAUUCUUCCAGUAGUAUCGGCCAUUUCCCCUACUUUCCUCCACAUUUUAUCAAUUGGUCAUGCUAGAGACAAAAACAGUCAUGGGUAGUUAUAAGGAUGGUAUCUUUCCAAAUGGGAUAAGAGAAUUCUUAUUAGUCUCUUUCUUUCUCUCAAUUGAAGAAGUAAUUGGAAAAUAAAACAGCAAGUACAAAAAUGAGUAAUAAACCCCAGUAUAGACUGGUACGAUUCAAUUCAACAUUUUGUUCAUUCGGGUUUGAUUGUGUCAUAGUUCUAUAGUUGGAAUUUGGUUUAUCGUUGGAUGAACUGCAUUGCUGAUAUUGAUCCCAAGAAAAAAACAGUAGGUACAGCUAGUCCGUGAAUAGCCAGCCAUCGCACUGUAAAAAUAGGAUAGGUUCGAUCUAUGGUCAUUGAGGGCCUCCUAAAAGGAUCUACUAAAUUCAUCGAGUUGUUCUAAAGAAUCAAAACGGUCGGUUAUUAACGGAAUUCCUUGUCGGCUUUCCGUGAAAUAUUCGUUUGGCCUAGGACUUCCAAACACGUCAUAAGCUAAACCCGUACUGACAAAUAACCAACCCGCAAUGAAUAGGGAAGGUAUAGUAAUGCUAUGAAUAACCCAGUAUCGAAUACUGGUAAUAAUAUCAGCAAAAGAACGUUCUCCCGUGCUUCCAGACAUGCUGAACUCCCAAAAUUUUUGUACAUUCAAAAAAGGAAUUGAUUCCGUAAAAGAUGGGAUCAACCAGUAAAUAGAAAAUUACUGAUAUUUCAUCCUUGUGAGAUUGUCAAUUUUGUACCAAAGGUGUAUUUUGAGUAUACCGAAUUAGUAUAGCUAUCCUUCCUAUGGCACAGCAAUCUGGUUUUGCCUGGUUCCGAAACAUAAUUACUUUUUUUUGUCUAUAGGUAAGCUAUAUGUUAUUCAAGGCGUCAAUAGAAAACCCCUUUUUUGUAGGUUCUAUUUAUUUUCCUUGGCUUCGGAAUAAUAGAGUAAUUCGGAAUAGCAGCCAAAAUCUUGGGAAAAUCUAAGUUAAUGAUCAAUAGGUUUGGAUAAAUAAUUUAGGAAGGAUAUUCUCAUACUGACACAAUACAAGGACAAGUAUAUAUAUGUGAAAUUUAUCCUUUCAUAAUUCGUAAUUAAUCCUUGUCUUGUUUGUUGGAUUAGGUCUAACUUUCUUGACCAAACUGCGAGCGUGGAACUUUACGAGAUGAAAUAGGGAAAGACAGAAGAUAGAAUAGAACUUAAAAGGAUAAUUGAAGUGACUCGUCUUCGAAUCUACUUUGGUUGGAGUUCGAAAAAGGAAUAAAAAUAAAGUAAAUUCAAGGAAGAGCUUUCUUUUUUUUUUAACAGACCCUCGGGAGGUCGUGGAAUGCUUUUCUUCUCCUCUUAUUCCAUAUAGAAUACAAUCAGUUAAAAUUAAAAUAAGAAGGAAUAGGGGAAUAUUCGAUCGUUCAGUCCAAAAAGAGGGUCCUAUUGAAAAAGAAAUUAUCCAAAAUAGAAAGAAGUUUUUUUUUCAAAUUCAAUUGUUUAUUUAUCUCUUAUUCCGAAAUUUCCCUGAAAAUCCAAUUUCAUUUUUUCAUUCAAUGGGGUUAUAUGAUCUAGUUCUUAAUAUUAUUACUUUACUCAAUUGAAAAAUUCCAUAACAAAUCUCUUGAUUCGAAAUUAGGGACUCAUGUAUCAUCUGAUGAAUCCACUUUCUUUUACACUUCUGUAUCUCACUCUAUCUUGUUUUUUAGUAUUAUCUAAAAUAACUGAUGAAUUAUGAAUUUUCCAUAACUUAGGUAAAUGCUUUACCAACAUAUGUAGUGUAGUAAAAAAAAAUAAAUGGAAUUUAACUCUUUCAUGCUUACUUUAACUAGUUAUUUCGGUUUUCUACUGGCUGCUUUAACUAUAACCCCAGCUCUAUUUAUUGGCUUGAACAAGAUACGUCUUAUUUGAAUUGACUGAAUAAUAAUAAUUCAGAAAAGCAAAAUCUUUCUUUGGGAUUCCUGAUAUUCUACGACUCUUUUCCAGACUAAUUAGGAAUUCUUUUCUUGGUCAUUGAGAUUCGUGGAUAAUUUAGAGUACUAUUUAGGGAUAGAUCGUACCUCUUUUUUUAUCCCCCCGAACAAAUCGAAAUGAUUGAAGUUUUUCUAUUUGGAAUCGUCUUAGGCCUAAUUCCUAUUACUUUAGCGGGAUUAUUCGUGACUGCGUAUUUGCAAUACAGGCGUGGGGAUCAGUUGGAUCUUUGAUUGAGUCAUUUUUUUUUUUUUAUUGACCUCCUCUCUGGUCUGGAGGAGGUCAAAUUGGAGUUACAAUUCAAUUUUGUUAAAUUAUUUUACUCUGCUUCGACAUAAGAUAGAUGGAAUCACGCUCUGUAGGAUUUGAACCUACGACAUCGGGUUUUGGAGACCCGCGUUCUACCGAACUGAACUAAGAGCGCUUUCAUUCAUUCAAAAAGAAAAUCUUUUUCUAUUCCUAAUGUAUCUCACGUACGUAUAGUCUCCACAAAUUCCAGUUAUACCCACUUUACUUUAAUUGAUCUCGUUGCUACUGCCUAUAAAGAAGAAAGAAGUAAUAGGUAGGGAUGACAGGAUUUGAACCUGUGACAUUUUGUACCCAAAACAAACGCGCUACCAAGCUGCGCUACAUCCCUUUUCCAAAUUAAAUUGUUGUGCAAUGCCAUUGUACACAAUUCCUGUCUUCUUUUCCACAUCAUAAUUUUCUUAUUCUUUCUCUAUCUAUAUAUAGAACCCUCGUGUCAUUUCUUCUUUUUGGUCUCAUAUAAUUAAGGAAUUAUAUACAGCUAAAAUCCAAUAGAAUUUCGCCUAUAAAAGAAAGAUUACUUUUCCUUGAUAAUAUAUAGGAAGAAGGGGUCAUCUUUUUAUUUUUUAGGGAUAGGACAAUUUCGGAAAAUUUCGUCGAUUAUGGUUCAGUUUAUAUAUAGCAUAAGUUUAUGAUCAUAUAUGUAUUCCAACAAGGAAGGAGGAUUUUCAAUGCGGGAUAUAAAAACAUAUCUCUCUGUAGCACCCGUGCUAAGUACUCUAUGGUUUGGUGCUUUAGCAGGUUUAUUGAUAGAAAUUAAUCGUUUAUUCCCGGAUGCUUUGUCAUUCCCUUUUUUUUAAUUCUAGUUAUUGCUAUGGGAGGGAUAGAUUUCUUCGUGAUAUGACAAAAUUUUAUCUUAUCCUUUUCAAUCUUUUUUUAGUAUCGGAAGGAAAAAGAAAGAAAAGAUGGAUUGGGUUGAACCUCAGAGUCAUUAAAAAUUUGGUAAACCCUAUUUUUAAAAAUAGAAAUUCAAUUUAAAGGGGUACCCAAGCUAAAUCAGGCCUCAGAAAUCAGAGCAUAGAAAAAGGCGGGGCUGACUAAUUAAAUGAAAGGAUUUCGAACCAAAAUCUUUGCUAAUUCGACAAGGAUUGUAUUCUUUAAUUAUUUCUCUAUUUUUUAUUACUUAAUUUAAGAAUAAAAAAAAAUUAUUCUAAUGAAUUUUAUUCUUCUUCUUCGGAUUCAAAAUAGAAGAAUAAAAGAAUAAGUAGAAGAAUUAAAUUAAGUCAAUCCAAAAGGAAAAGGAGGUUCAUGGCCAAGGGAAAAGAUGUUAGAAUCAGAGUUAUUUUGGAAUGCAUCAGUUGUGUUCGAAAAGGUGCCAAUGAGGAAUCGACGGGGAUUUCUAGAUAUAGUACUCAAAAGAAUCGCCACAAUACACCCGGACAAUUAGAAUUCAAAAAAUUUUGUCGUUAUUGUCGCAAGCAUACGACUCAUCACGAAAUAAAGAAAUAGGAACAUCGUGUAUUCGAUCUUUCCAAACAACAGAAAGAGUAAGAACUUCAUAUUUUAUAUAUAAAUAAAACAUAGUAUAGAAUACAAAAUACAAAUCAACUCAUCUGAUUUCCGGUCGAUAUUAUUUCAUAUGUAUAGAGGGUAUUCAUAUACUAUAAAUAUGAAUCAAAUAAGAUAUGGAUCAAAGAAAAACUACUUCUUCUGGAUCCUAAAUUAAUAAAAUAAAGAAGUGCAUUUUCCAAUUUUAAAUUAAAUAAGGAAUAAAUCAUGUAUACAUCUAAACAACCUUUUCUUAAAUCUAAGCAACCCUUUAGUAAAUCCAAGCAAACUUUUAAUAAAUCCAAGCAACCCUUUCGUAAAUCCAAGCAAACUUUUCGUAAAUUCAAACAACCUUUUCGUAAAUCUAAACAACCUUUUCGUAGGCGUCCCCGGAUUGGCCCGGGAGAUCGAAUUGAUUAUAGAAACAUGAGUUUAAUUAAUAGAUUUAUUAGUGAACAAGGAAAAAUAUUAUCGAGACGAAUAAAUAGAUUAACCUUGAAACAACAACGAUUAAUUACUCUUGCUAUAAAACAGGCUCGUAUUUUAUCUUUUUUACCGUUUCGUAACUAUGAGAACGAAAAACAAUUUCAAGCCCAGUCAAUUUCAAUAAUUACAGGUUCUAGACCCAGAAAAAAUAGACAUAUUCCUCAAUUAACGCAAAAGUACAAUUCCAAUCGAAACUUAAGAAACUACAACCAAAAUUUAAGAAACAACAACCGGAACUUAAGUUCCGAUUGUUGAUGUUUUAUUCGAAUUCGCAAGGGCCAGACCUAUAUAUAUUAUAAAGAAAGUAAUCCAGCUCGUCGAUUCCUACCACUUAAUCUUAAUUUAUUGUAUCUUCCCGGAGUUCCCUCUCCGGGAAUUCAUCUUUUAUUAUUCCAGUAUAUUACUUUAUUUAUACCUUUAAUUGAUGAUCUUUAUUUUAUUGGAAAUCGUGUAAAGAUUAUUUGGAUUUGAUACAGCUACUUGUGCAAGCAUUUUACGAUUAAGAAUCAAUUUCUUCUUGUACAGGUUGUGUAUUAAUUUACUAUAACUAUCGAAUACUUUAUAUACCCGCGUUGCUGCGUUUAUCCGAGUGAUCCACAAACGACGAAAAUCCCUCUUUUGCCUACCUCUAUCUCGAUGAGAGGAAACAAAAGCUCUUUUUACUUGUUGGGUAAUCAUUCGAUUAAGUCUUAAAUGAGCCCCUCUAAAGUUUGAGGCAAAUGAACGCAUUUUUGUUCGUCGUCUCCGGGCUAUAUAUCCUCGCGGAACUCUGGUCAUUGAAUCAAAUUAACCUUAAUGAAUAACUAAUGAUUUCUCUUCUUUUAGCCACCCUUUUUCUCAUUAAUAACAAAACUAAUUAUUCCGAUAUAUAAAAUAUUAAUUCCAAUGGCUUUUGCUAUAGUAACCUUCCCAACCACGAUUUUUUAUUCCACUCCGUUCAGUUAUUUCUAUACGAAAUAACAAAUUCAUUCUAAAUAAUACUAAAAAAAAUAGUGGGUUCCAUCGUUUCUAUGGUUCCCUUUUAAACGGUGAGGCCCUCUCUAUACACCGGAGCCCUUUCUUUCAUCAAAAAGUAUUACGAACUUGUAUAGUUCACAUUCUUUGGCUCUACCUAUCCAUUAUAGAGUAAAUAGCUCUUUUCACAAUAAGAGUUAUCCAUACAGUGACGGUAUUUAAUUAUGAAAGUUGGCUAAGUAGCUGACCCUGUUAGUCCGUUCUUUAUAAGAUAAAAGAGCAUAAGCCUUUUUCUUUUUAUUACUAUUUCCUCCGCUUAAUGGAUAACCAUUUGCUACCAAUGGGAGAAUUGCUUCUUAUUUCCAAAUUUAGAUAAUUCGAUUUGCACCAAAGGAAACCAGAAAUUCCAUAUACCAUAGAAAUCUAGGAUAGAGAAGCUAUAUCCUAUUCAUUGGUACUAAUCAGGGAUACUUCAAAUUUUUUUUAUAUUUGUUUGAAGUCAUGAUCUGAACGAGUCGCACAUACACCCUAGCACAUGUUCCUCGACGCUGAGGGCAUCCUUUAAGCGCAGCCGUUUUUCUAGCAUUUCGUAUUGGCUGUCUUGCGUUUCUAAUAAGUUGUUUAACCGUUGGCAUGUUGUAUGUAUAUAGAAAAAAAUGGAUUGGUUUAGAUCCAUCUUAACCUGAUGAUUGCUCAUCAUGAAGUCUUUCUAUUUUCUAUUAAAUCGAGGAAAACACGAAUUUAGCUGUGAAAUAACUUUACAAGAAAUCCGGACACUACCAAUCCUUAAACAUUUCCGGAAACCACACUGGAUCAGUAUCGCAGUGCUUGUCAAUCAUUUCAUCCCCUACAAUAUCGACAAGUCCAUAAGCUUUGGCUUCGUCUGCUGACAUAAAAACAUCCCUUUCCAUGUCUUCGGAUACAACCCAAAAAGGCUUGCCUGUUCUUAGUGCAUAAACCCUUGUGAUCAUUUCGCGAACUUUGUGUAACUCUUCUACUUCUAGUAAAAAUUCUGGUGUCCUUGCCCGAUAAUAAGCACUAGCAGGUUGGUGAAGCAUAAUCCUCGCGUGAGGGAAUGCUAUACGCUUGGCGGGUUCUCCUCCAAGCAGAAUGAAGGACGCCAUGGACGCGGCUAUUCCGAGGCAUAUUGUAUAUAUAUCUGGUGUCACCGUUUGCAUCGUAUCAAAAAUAGCCAUUCCUGAGAUUAGCCAACCGCCUGGGGAGUUUAUAAACAAAAAAAUAUCACUAAUUCCAUCUUCUAUACUCAGAUAUACCAUGAGACCUGUAAUAUGAUUCGUGAUCUCGCAACGAAUCUCUUGACCUAAAAAAAGUGUCCUUUCUCGAUACAUAACAUUGUAUAAGUCAACCCAAGUCGCUUCUUCAUCUCCAGGAAUCCGGUAAGGUACUUUUGGAACACCAAUGGGCAUAUUAGAUUAAUAUUAUUAAAUUUAAGUAAGAAACACUUUAAUAUGGAAACGUAAGAAUGGAACAGAAAGAAAGAAUCUGCAGUUUAUUGUCUUAAUUUUUAUUCUUAUUCUAUUCUAUUUUAUUCUUAUUCUAUUCUAUAUGAAUACUAUAGAUUCUAUUAAUACAUAGAUGGAAAGGUUAUACAUAUAAGAAAGGUAAGACAGAUUGAAUAAAGAAAAAGGAAUGGGUGAUUCGAAUGCUAAACAAAGAGGGGUAGCGAUCUAUUCUUCGUUUUUUCCAAAUUGGCCAAGUUACCCAUUGCAUAUUGGCACUUAUCGAGUAUAGAAUAGAUCUGCUUCUCUUUCUUCUUAUGAACAGAAUUGGCUUCUUAUUUUUAAUGGAAUGAAAUAAAUAUUCGCGCUUUCUGACACAGAAUCCCCUAGAAGGGUUAGGUACAAUGGAUAAUCUUUUUCAAUGCGAUAAAAUAAAGCGACAUCGUGUCUAUUUUUCUUUGCUAAAGGGGUAUUUCCAUGGGUUUGCCUUGGUAUCGUGUUCAUACUGUCGUAUUGAAUGAUCCGGGUCGAUUGCUUGCGGUGCAUAUAAUGCACACAGCUCUAGUUUCUGGUUGGGCUGGCUCAAUGGCUUUAUACGAAUUAGCAGUUUUUGAUCCCUCUGAUCCUGUUCUGGAUCCAAUGUGGAGACAAGGUAUGUUCGUAAUUCCCUUCAUGACUCGUUUAGGAAUAACGGAUUCGUGGGGUGGUUGGAGUAUUUCAGGAGGAACUGUAACAAAUCCGGGUAUUUGGAGUUAUGAAGGUGUGGCAGCUACGCAUAUUGUGUUUUCUGGCUUGUGUUUCUUGGCAGCGAUCUGGCAUUGGGUAUAUUGGGACCUAGAAAUAUUCUCUGAUGAGCGGACGGGAAAACCCUCUUUGGAUUUGCCCAAGAUCUUUGGAAUUCAUUUAUUUCUUGCAGGGGUGGCUUGCUUUGGCUUUGGGGCAUUUCAUGUAACGGGUUUGUAUGGUCCUGGGAUAUGGGUAUCCGAUCCUUAUGGACUAACUGGAAAAGUACAAGCUGUAAAUCCAGCGUGGGGUGCAGAAGGUUUUGAUCCUUUUGUUCCGGGGGGAAUAGCUUCUCAUCAUAUUGCUGCGGGUACAUUGGGUAUAUUAGCGGGCUUAUUCCAUCUUAGUGUCCGUCCGCCUCAACGUCUAUAUAAAGGAUUACGUAUGGGCAAUAUUGAAACUGUACUUUCCAGUAGUAUCGCUGCUGUUUUUUUUGCAGCUUUCGUAGUUGCUGGAACUAUGUGGUAUGGGUCAGCAACGACCCCAAUCGAAUUAUUUGGGCCUACUCGUUAUCAGUGGGAUCAGGGAUACUUUCAGCAAGAAAUAUAUCGAAGAGUUAGCAAUGGUUUAGCCGAAAAUCUUAGUUUAUCAGAAGCUUGGUCUAAAAUUCCCGAAAAAUUAGCCUUUUAUGAUUAUAUUGGUAAUAAUCCGGCAAAAGGGGGAUUAUUCAGAGCGGGCUCAAUGGACAAUGGGGAUGGAAUAGCUGUUGGAUGGUUAGGACAUCCCGUCUUUAGAGAUAAAGAAGGACGUGAGCUUUUUGUACGCCGUAUGCCUACUUUUUUUGAAACAUUUCCGGUUGUUUUGGUAGAUGAGGAGGGAAUUGUUAGAGCGGACGUUCCUUUUAGAAGAGCAGAAUCCAAAUAUAGUGUUGAACAAGUAGGCGUAACGGUGGAGUUCUAUGGUGGCGAACUUAAUGGAGUAAAUUAUUCUGAUCCUGCUACUGUAAAAAAAUAUGCGAGGCGUUCUCAAUUAGGGGAAAUUUUUGAAUUAGACCGGGCUACUUUGAAAUCCGAUGGUGUUUUUCGCAGCAGUCCAAGGGGUUGGUUCACUUUUGGUCAUGCUACCUUUGCUUUGCUCUUCUUUUUCGGACACAUUUGGCAUGGCGCUAGAACAUUGUUCCGAGAUGUUUUUGCUGGUAUUGAUCCAGAUUUGGAUGCUCAAGUGGAAUUUGGAACAUUCCAAAAAGUGGGAGAUCCAACUACAAAGAAACAGGCAGUCUGAUACACAUUGUUAUGGUAUCUUUCACCUCUCUUUUUUGAUUUGACAUCUCCCAUCCUUUCUUUGACUCUUUUUCUUUCUUUAUAUGGGAAAUUCUCCCAAAUGACAAAUGAAUAGGUGUGGAAGUUAUAAUUGUAAAUAAACCACGAUCGAAUCUAUGGAAGCAUUGGUUUAUACGUUCCUUUUAGUUUCGACUUUAGGGAUAAUUUUUUUCGCUAUCUUCUUCCGAGAACCACCUAAGGUUCCACCAACUCCAACUAAAAGAAUAAAAUAAUUUCAUUUAAGUAAGAAGUCUCCCAGAUAGGGGGACUUCUUACUUAAAUUAGUCUCCGUGUUCUUCGAAUGGAUCUCUUAAUUGUUGAGAGGGUUGCCCAAACGCGGUAUAUAAGGCAUACCCAGUAAAGCUUACAAGUAAACCAGAUAUGGAGAUGGCGACUAAAGUUGCUGUUUCCAUUUUUAUAGAAUUUCAAGAUUACAAUGGAUCUACGAAAAGAUCGUGUAUUUACAACUACAACGGAAUAGUAUACAAAGUCAACACCAAUGAUUAAAUAUAAUUUAUGGCUACACAAACCGUUGAAGAUAGUUCUAAACCUAGGCCAAAACGAACUGGUGCAGGUAGUUUACUGAAACCCUUGAAUUCGGAAUAUGGGAAAGUCGCCCCGGGUUGGGGGACUACUCCUUUUAUGGGGGUCGCAAUGGCUUUAUUCGCUAUAUUCCUAUCUAUCAUUUUAGAAAUUUAUAAUUCUUCCAUUUUACUGGAUGGAAUUUUAACCAAUUAGGUUUCUACUAACUAAAACUAGGAAGUCAGAGUUUUUCCAUCCAAAAAAGCCUUUCUAGUUUAAGCUCUACAUUUCUAGAUAUUAUGGUAGUUCGACCGCGGAAUUUUUUUGUUUCGGUAUCUCUGGAAUAUGAGUGUGUGACUUGUUAGAAUUGAUCCUAUUGAUAAUACAUAGAAAGGGCCUGUUAUCUCUAUCAAGAUGAUUCUAAUUCGUCAGAUAUUAUUUAUUCUAGUAUCUGGAACACGAAAUAGAUAGAGUGGAUCAAAAAAAAUGGAACUAUGAUUCAUACUCACUAUUAAGACCUCGCAACCAGACUGAAAAAUUCAAGUAGUUCUUAAAUAAAAAUAAAAAAGAAAUUUUCUUCCUUACAAUUUUGUUUGCCCAAAAGACAACUUUUUUUCUAUCGAUUUUGUCGAGUCAUUACACUGAUUCAAUUUCAAUAAAUGAUUAUCAAGCGGUUCUUAUUCGAAGAACCCUUGCCUUUUGUUUAGCUUGAGACUAAAUCAUCGUGGCUCUAGUAUGAAUCUAAGGUUUUAAUUGAACUGAUUCAUAGGAUCACAACAAGAUAAUUUCUAUAUUACGCAUAAAAAAAAAUCCAAAAUAGGGAAGAGAAAAGUCAAGAAGCCUCUAAUGACCAACAUAAGGGAAA